GCCAACAUCGCCCCUAACAAAUUAUCCUCGACAAAUUCUCCGUGAAAAAAAAAAAAAUACCACUGAUUCGCGCUGGAAUCAAAACAAUUCCGCCAAAAAAUUCAACCACUAAAAAUAAAUAAUCCAACAUUGAUGGAUAAAAUCGCUCAACCCAAAUCAAAUUCAAACGAUUGUGCAAGCGAUUGAGGCCACAACUUGUGCGCUUCAAUUAAUCCUCAUAAUUCCUAAUGAAAGCCAUUUAAACAAAUCAACCAAGUGCUAGUGUACGUAAAGAUUGAGACGAGAAAGACGAGUAUUGUGAGAGAAUAACAAAGGGUGAAACAAUGCGCUGAUGAAAAAGAGCAACCGGAAGUGCAAAAACCAUUGUUAUAUUUUGACGUUAGUGCUGACACGUUCGCACCCUUCUGUACCUUUUAAAUAAAUAAGAGAAAUGGCGACGGAAAUAUCGAGAGAUGUUGAUGCACAUAUUGUCGAACUAUUGUCUAAACUUGCCACCCUGAGGGAUGCACCCAAGGAGAGACAAGACACCAGAAGACCCUCCAUGUCCAAGGAGUUCAGAAGUCUUGAUUUUUGGCGUGCCGUAGCUAUCGAGUGUUUAGCAACAUUUAUGUUUUGCCUUGUUUCACUGGGAGCUGGUGCUGCUGUCAUUGUCCAUGGCAGCGGAUUAUUGGUCCUAGCUACUUGUCUCGGCACUGGAUGCUCCAUUGCAGCGAUCUGGACCAUUUUUGGACAUAUCAGUGGUGGACAUGUCAAUCCUGCAGUCUCCAUAGCAUUCGCAUUUUCAAGAAAAAUAUCACCAUUUCGUGCAUCUCUGUACGUAGCAGCCCAAUGCGGUGGUGGAAUUGCUGGUGCAGCUAUGCUCUACGGGGUGACUGGUGUACAGGCAAUGCCAUCCACCACUGGGCGUCUCUCUAGCUCUAUCGAGAAAUUAUUGCUAGAGAAAACACUUUCAGUGUUCAUUGUUCUCGCUCAUCUUAAUUGCGACAGUACAAAAAAUCUCCUGGGAUCUAUUUCAUCGAGACCUGCUGCUGUACUAGCUGCUGCCUACACAGCAGCCACUUUAGUCGCGAGCCCGUAUCUGAAUCCAGCUCGCGCCCUGGGCCCGGCCUUCGUAAUGAACCGAUGGGACAGCCACUGGGUAUACUGGGUGGGUCCGAUAGCCGGUGGCCUAGUAGCUUCCCUAGUCCACGAAUACGCCCUUUCCCCAAAGCGUCCCCACAAUUCAGUAGACCUGGACGACGGAGAUAAUUCAUCUAUGCGCUCCGAGGACGAUCCCUACGACGAUUUGGACAAAGCAACAGGCGCUAAAUUUCCCGGUGGUUAUGCAACCUAUCGCCCGGUGACCGGAGCAUCCUCAAUUUAUUCACCACCACCUAGCGCCAUCGAACGCGUCGAAUCGAUCUACGGCGGCACAAAAUCCCUCUACUGCAAGUCCCCACCACUGACCCGGGCCAAUCUCAACCGAUCCCAGAGUGUCUACGCAAAAUCUACAUCAGGCCCAAGAGAAGGCCUCGUUAUUCCAAAGCCAGGGCCCCUCGUACCCGCGCAGAGCCUCUACCACAUGCGCAUUGGACCCAGUACUCUUCCCCUCCCCAGUCGAGAACAGGGGGCCUCAUCGGCAUCAUCCAGUCAACCACCCAAUCACUCUCAGGCCCAAAAUCAUAACAGUACCAAUCAAAAUAUGCAAAAUCAGCUGCAAGCCUGUACUCAGAGUAUCUACGGUAUUCGGGGGAUUUCAACGAGUGUUUCAACACGAGAGAGUGGAAUUUAUGGAGUUACUCCUUCGAGUAUUUACGGUAGGGCCCCUGUACCCCCACCAUCGAGUUCGCAAAAUUCUCAGAAUUCGAGUCAGAGUGGACAAAGGGAGCAGAGAGAACAGAGAGAACAGAGAGAGCAGAGAGAACAGAGAGAGCAGAGAGAACAGAGAGAGCAGAGGGAACAAAGAGAGCAGAGGGAACAAAGAGAGCAGAGGGAACAGAGAGAACAGAGAGAACAACGGGAGCAGGCUCUUGGAGGGCCAAAUCAGGGACAGGGUUGCAGUGGGCCCGAAGGUGCCACUGGACCCAGAAGACCCGAAAGUAUGUAUGGGCACAUAUCGAGAAGAAGCGAUGACUCCGCUUAUGGAAGCUAUCAGGGGAGCAAUAGGGGUAAUUAUGGAAAAAUUCCUGGACCACCACCACCUCCUGGCUGGAGCCAGUCAAUGCAGAUGGAGCAGAAUAGACCCAGUCCUGUGGCUGGGCUACUCCAGAAUCAGAAUCAAAAUUUUCAGAGAAAUUCACCUAAUCCACAGUAUUAAGGAUUUUCGGGGCUCCUUUUGAAAUGGAGGGGGAUACGAGAAUUAAAUAUUGAAACAUGUGUUCUAGGGAAAGGAGAAAACUUACAACGUUGAAAAAAUAUUCCACUUAAUACUGAUCAGUUUUUUUUUAAUAUACAGAAAUCUAGGGGACUUCACGUGAAGAUUUUCACGAAGAAAAAUUUACUGCCGUACAAAAAAAAAACUGUUCACCAUUUUUUAGUCAUCUUUCCACAGUAGAAAAUACUGUUCAUGGAGUUAUGUGUAUAGAGAAUUAUUUCGAUUGCUCAUUUAGAGGUAGUUUAUGAAUAAAAGACUGUACAUAGGGAAUUAACGAGGCAGUUAAUUCGUAAUUUCAAUAAUUCGUAGAAAGUAAGGACGAAUCGAACUGCUGUAUAUCCCAAUUAGCUGUAAUUCAUUUUUAUAAUUUUUAUUUAUUAUGUAUAAUCACUUCGUAAGAUCACUAGGUCUUAGAUUAUAAUUGUUGCAUGUAUGUGAGUAUAUUAUUGAAGGGAGUCAUUCAAUAAAUAAUUUUAGAAGUACUGAAACAAUUUUGUCUAGCUUAUGAGUUUUUUUUUCCUUGAAUUUCGUAUAAACUUAGAAGAUACUGACGAG